AUGAAGGCUGUUACCAUUGCCGCUGCUGGUGCAGCGGUCGUCACCACCGUUUCUGCCGCCAGCCAUGUCAAGCACAUGCACGCGAAACUACACGCCAACGUCGCUCGCGACAACUGGGUCGACUGGAAUGCGACCGCUUCUACUUCUGCCACGCCUGUAGAUGGGGAGACGAAGACCACCACCACAAAGACUCCGGUCAAGGCUGCUACCACUACGGCUAGCUCUUCAACCUCGUUCCUCUGGGAGGACUGGACUUCUACCUCCCUUGCGGUUGAUCCCGCAAAGACCUCGAGCACCACUUCCAGCACGACCUUUACUGAGACCUGGGGCGACUGGACCACUACUACGUCGUCCCUUCCGGUCGAUCCUGCCACCACCAGCACCGAGACCUGGGGCGACUGGUCAGCCAGUUCCGUGGUAGAUCCAGCUUCCACCGCAAGCACCGAUGAACACACGUGGGGAGACUGGACCACCAGUGAUCCUGUUGACCCUACCUCUACCGUCACGGAGACAUGGAGUGACUGGUCAACAAGUGCACCACUUGAUCCUGCAACCACUUCCACCGAGACUUGGGCCGAUUGGUCGAGCGUCGACGAAACCACUACCAUUACGUUGGCCUCGACCAUUACGGAGACCAAGUAUGUCGAGCCCGUCAGCGCUAUCUCGACGAGCUCCAGCACCUGGGCGGAUUGGACUUCAACAUCCUCGGUGGCCGUCGCCGCGGUCAGCACCUCGACUUCGUCUUCUUCGAGCUGGUUCGGUCCCUCCGCGGUCGAAGCUGACAGUUGCGCCAUCUCCAUCAUCACUUCUUAUGGCCUUCCAACUUGGUAUCCCACACCUGUCCUGGCCGUGAACACAACCACCAGCACCACUUCCAGUACCACCUCCAGCGCCACAUGGGCUGAUUGGACCACGACCACAUCCAGCACGCCAGCCGCCGCUGCUGUGACCAGCAGUAGCACCUCUUCCUACAUCUGGGGUGACUGGAUCUCAACCGCAACCGGCAGCGAGACGGCACCUGGCUCGGCACCGACGGCUGAAACUGCAUAUGUGUCUGUGAGCGGGGGAGGUAGCCCUGCCUCGUCCGGUUCUGCUUCGAAGCCCAGCGGCGGGUCAAACAGUGGAUCGAGCGGGAGUUCCGGAAUCUCAGCCAACGGUGAUUCAUGGGGCAUGACUUAUUCCCCAUACACUGCCCAGGGCGGCUGCAAAGACGCCGGUACCAUUGCCGCUGACAUGACCGUCAUCGCACAGAAAGGAUUCACCUCCGUCCGCGUCUACAGCACCGACUGCAGCACGCUCGAAAACAUUGGUGGCUCUGCGCGUGACAAUGGAUUGAAGCUUAUUCUGGGUGUGUGGAUCUCUGCGACCGGCAUCUCGGGCGCCCAAGGGCAAGUGCACGACAUCGUUGCCUGGGCGCAGUGGGACCUCGUUGAACUCAUCGUGGUUGGAAACGAGGCCGUCUUCAAUGGCUACUGCUCUGCCAGCGAUCUAGCUCACUUCAUCUCCAGCAGUGCGGCUGCGUUUAAGGCUGCUGGGUACACCGGCGCCGUCACCACGACCGAGCCUCUAUCGGUGUGGCAGGACACCAGCAGUGCCUCGGCGUUCUGCAGCGUCGUCGAUGUUGUUGGUGCCAACUUGUACGCCUUUUUCAACGCCGACGUGACGGCAGAUAAGGCCGGUAGCUUUAUCCAAUCCGAGAUCGACAUCUUGGAUUCGAUUUGCUCAGGCAAAGCUGUCUAUGUUCUCGAAUCUGGCUGGCCCCAUGCCGGAAACUGCAAUGGUCUGGCUUGCCCCAGCCCCGAAAACCAGGCAACUGCUCUCAAAGGUAUCCAAGCGACCGCGGGUGCCCAAGUCGUCUUCCUGAGCUAUGAGGACGAGCCAUGGAAGGAGCCGGGACAAUUCGGCGUGGAGCAAUACUGGGGCUGUGUCAAUGUUUUCUAA